GGCUAUUCCCGGUUCUAUCUUCCUCCUUCACUUCCCUGCAACUUCUCACGCGCUCUCACUCCCCAUCUUUCUCUCUUCCUCUCUGUUCCAAACCCAAUGCUCUCUCGUCUCUCCCACUUCACACCCAUCAUCACAACAAUAAACCACUAAACCUCCCCCUCUCUCAAUUCCCCAAAACUCUUUCUUCCUCCACUAAAUUCUACAACAUUCCUACUCGACUUUCGAGAGAAUCUCUCCUUUUUCCUUGCCUAUUUUGACGUCCAACAUGGCUUCAUCCAAGCUCUUCCCUUCUUCCAAUUCGCGAAAUUCGGAUCUAUCUCGAGGUUCUUCUUCUUCUUCCUCCUCCUCUUCUGCUUCCCUUUUAAAACCCCAAUUUCUCUCCAAUCAUUCGAGGAAUUAUGACACUCCAUCUCGUAAUCCACCACCCCAUACAAUGACCGUCGAUGGCUUACUUCCUAAUGCCUUCGAUUCUAAUCCCACUGAAUCCUCUAUUCUCUUAGAUGCUCAGAUUACUCUUGUUGAUUCUCCUAACCCCUCUUCUCUUCACAUCGAUACAACCACCCCCACCACCACUAAUUCCUCUGCCGUCAUCGAUAGUAAUCACAAUUCUUCCUCUGUUGCACCUCCCCCUAAAACUGUGGAUGAUGUGUGGAGGGAGAUUGUUUCUGGUGAGAGGAAGGAAUUGAAGGAGGAGGUUGCUAAUGAGAUCAUAACCCUUGAGGAUUUUCUUAUGAAAUCUGGAGCUGUGCCUGUUGAGGAUGUUAAAUUCCCUCAGACUGAGAGGCUCAGUGGUGGGAUUUUUUCUUUUGAUCCAAUUCCUUCCACCACAUUCCAGGCAUUGGAUAAGAUUGAGGGAUCCAUUAUUGGGUUUGCUAAUGGGGUUGAUUUGAUUGGUAGUGGUGGAAGUGGGGGGAGAGGUAAAAGAGGUCGAGCUGCUUUGGAACCUUUAGAUAAAGCUGCAGAGCAAAGACAGAGGAGGAUGAUCAAGAACAGGGAGUCUGCAGCAAGGUCUAGGGAACGGAAGCAGGCUUAUCAAGUGGAAUUAGAGUCGUUAGCUGUGAGAUUAGAAGAGGAGAAUGAGCAACUUUUGAGGGAAAAGGCCGAGAGGACUAAAGAGAGGCUCAAGCAGCUAAUGGACAAGGUGAUUCCUGUGGUUGAAAAGCGACGACCCCAACGAGUGAUUCGGCGAGUUAAUUCCAUGCAAUGGUGAAUUGUGCAUCUUCCACGAGACAGGUACAGCCGAUAGCGAAAGCAGUAGGGGUAAGAAGAAACAGAAAGAGAGAGAUAGGCAAUAGAGUAUUUAACAGUUACUUAAAAACAUAUUCUUCGGUGAUGAAAGGAAAAGUGCAGGGAAUAUAAACUACAAUCCUUUUAUCAAAGAACUGAUUGGCAGAGACGACAACAACAGCAACAAGAUACAUGAAAAAACAGAUGAUUUAUAGGUGUUAUUACAACAAAGUGGAUCAGAGCAAAUAAAAGAAGGUAGAAACUUGAGAUGCCCAACUUAGUCUCUGUCUCACAUUUUUUUUUCUUAUUUUCUAAAUGCAUGAGGGAGGAGUAAAUAGAGGAAGAAGCUGAGUUCGAGUUUUAGAAAUUUUAUAUGGUUUUGUUGGAUAGUGGAAAUCUAACAACAUAUGACAAAACUAUUCCUUGUUUUGUUAAUACAUACUUGCUAGAAUAGUGUUGGUGGGUGGUGGUAAUAGAGGUAUAUAUUAUUUAUUAUUAGUUAUUUCUACUUUUCCUCCAAGUUCUUACCUUUUUUUAAGCAGUUGGAGAAUGCUUUGGGUACCUUUAUAUUUUCAUUUAAUAUAAAGUAGUUGAAUUAAUAUUUUUGAAA